AUGGAAUCCGCUGAAACACCUGCCAAAUCCAAAGAUAUUAAUAUUGAGAGUCCCUAUGCCCUGUUUACCUUGUUUUUCAGUGAGGAAUGCUUUCAACAGAUCAGCAAUUCAACAAAUCUCUAUGCAAAACUAAAGAAAGAGAAUGGAGAUACUGAUAAUGAAGCUCCAAAGUUCUCAGAUGUGGAGAUGGAGAUAGAAACAGAGAAAAUAAUAGUGGAAACAUCUUCUAUUUCUACUUCUAUUAUUCAGCCACGAGAAUGGAAAAAGAUCAAUCCAGCAGAGAUAAAGGUUUUUAUAGACCUUCUUCUCUAUAUGGAAGUCCAUAAAUCCCAACGGACUGAUCUAUACUGGCGGAAUGACCUGAAACAGGGCUCUAUUCAUUCCAUUCAAUCCCAUAUGAGCCAUACGCGAUUCCAACAGCUUAAACGAUAUAUUCAUAUAUCAAACCCCCGUGAAGCCCGUCGGCCCGAGGCUCAAAAUAAGGACUGGUGGUAUAAGAUAAUUACUUUACAUCUGUUGCACUAUUCAAAUUCCUACGUGAAAAGGGAUAUGGCUCCGGCAGUUCUCGCAGAGCUUAGAGAUUAUACAGCAGCUAUUCCAUGGAAUACUCUAUAUGCUAUUGAACAAGAGAAGGUUCUCUGUCUUGCAUGGCAAGAUAAUAAUAUGGUAUUAGCACUAAGCACCAUUCAUUCGCUUGACACCUUUAUUGAACGUAUUCGAAAGCGGUCUGGAGAGCUCUCAACCAAUGCCAAUAUUGUACGAAAGGUCUUUGAAGAAUUACCUAUCGGACCUGGCUCCCUAUUUUUCUACUGGCUUAUUGACUCUGCGGCGGUUGAUGCCUACCGGCUUUACUACUUAUAUAAGAAGCAGCAGGGAGUCCCUAAGAAGGAUCUGCCUUCUCAUAUAAGCUUUUAUGAGAAGCUUUAUCAACAGCUCUUUGAAUUUGCACCUAAGAUUCAUGACAACCUCCCUAUCGAAUGA